AUGCAUCGUCUUUUUGCUGAGCUGGAGCCAUCUUUAACCGUCACAGAGCAAACCUGGCAGACCGAGUUCAGUAUAUCUUGCGCUGAAAUAUAUUUGAUGUCGCCAAACUUGAACGGCUAUGACGUGAGGCUGUUCCCUCAUCGGAUCAAAAUGCUACGGCUGAGGAUGCGGCGCCAUAAAUUGCAGAGCAACCCGCAAACUUGGAUGCCACCGUGA